UUAGUUAGGGGGCCAUUACAGGAAACCCACAUUUACACCUCAGCCUGCUCAAUGCAGCAAUGCAAAGAAAUAGUUAUCUAGAGCACACCUUACUAGAAGAAAGUUGCAGUCAUUGGUACAAAAGAAUAGAGUAGAGAAAAAGAGUAGUUUCCCAGCCACACUGUUUCAACCAGCACACACGUUAUCACCAGAGGGAAGGUUACAGCAUUCAACCUGUAGAUCAGAAAAGAAGAUAUUGGGUAAGAUGAACACAACCGAGGCCACCAGCACAGACAAUUACUAUGGCAACCAUGAAAGCCCUUGUAGCACUGGCACCAGUCUAACCCAAGGGUCCAACUACCAGCCCAUUCUCUUCUACCUGGUGUUCACCCUGGGUCUGACAGGCAACAGUCUGGUGCUCUGGGUCCUCCUCAAGUACAUGAAACUGAAGACAAUGACAGACAUCUGUCUGCUGAACCUAGCACUAUCUGACCUGCUCCUCGCCCUCUCCCUGCCUCUCUGGGCCUACCACGCCCAGGGUCAUGAGUUUGAAGGGGACAGUCCGUGUAAGAUCAUGGCUGGUGCCUACCAGGUGGGCUUCUACAGCAGCAUCCUGUUUGUGACCCUGAUGAGUGUGGAUCGCUACCUGGCCAUCGUUCACGCCGUGGCCGCCAUGAGGGCCAGGACGCUGCGCUAUGGAGCGCUGGCGAGCAUCAUCGUCUGGGUAGCGUCCAUCAGCGCUGCUCUCCCUGAGGCCAUCUUCGUAGCGGUGGUGAAGGAGAAUGACGAGAACAGUGGUACAAGUUGCCAGCUGAUUUACCCAGAGAACACAGAGAAGACAUGGAAGUUGUUACGGAACUUUGGUGAAAACGGAGUGGGGCUCGUCCUAUGUCUGCCCAUAGUGGUCUUUUGUUACAUCUGUAUUCUCACUGUACUACAGAGGUUAAGGAACUCCAAAAAAGACAGGGCCAUGAAACUGAUAUUCGCCAUCGUGGGUGUGUUUGUUGUCUCCUGGGUCCCUUACAACGUUGUGGUUUUCCUCCAGACCCUUCAGAUGUUUGACAUUGGGAAUAGCUGUGAGGCUUCAACACAGCUUGAUACAGCUAUGGAGGUGACAGAAACCAUAGCGCUGGCUCACUGCUGUGUCAACCCAGUCAUUUAUGCUUUUGUAGGAGAGAAAUUCAGAAAGUGUUUGGGCACUGUGCUCUCUAGAUAUCCACUGUGUAAAAAGCUCAGCAAACAUGCAAUGGUGAGCAGCAGAGGAUCAGAAAACGAGACUUCUAACACACCUGUGUGAUUGUACUGCUGACAGACAAUACUUCCAUUGCUGAAAACCUAUUUGAUGCAUUUUCAUUGACAAAAAAAACUCUUCAGUUGGAAAGCAGCAAGUAGAGCAGAAGACCAAUUUCUGUGUCGUAUGGAAUAAUGAAGUAUUCUUCUGAACACAGACUUGCAUAUAAAUGAAGUGUAACUGUAUAAUAUUUAACUUUAAAUGUAUUUUGAUGAGCUCUGACUAUUUGUUUAAGGGCUGUUUAUGUUUUGAUUACCUAUGUAUGUAUGUCAUGUACAGUACAGGCCUGCACAACAUUUUUGCUAUAACAUAAUAUCAAUAUGUUUUGCAUAGAGAUUAUCUCAAUUUCUAUUCUUAUUGUAUGCACAUGUUUUUGUUAUAACAUUAAAACACAACCAGGGGCAGGGUUGUGGCCAGAGGACUGCUGCUGGAUGGCCUGGUGGCUAUCUGGCUACUCAUUGGCUACAUUUGCUGGCCAAAUAUUAUUUUGGUAGAAUUUUGACCCUCCUUUCAUUGAAGACCUGUUCUGGCAUUAACUUGAACUUGGACAUCAAAUCAGGAAUUUGACCUUUUGAAUUAUUUUGAACUUUGUUGGCUGAGUAGGUAUUUGUGUUCCUUUCGGGAGGGUUUUCUCAAUAAAUAAGCCUGUGCAUUUUGUUGUACUGAAACAUA